AAGAGCCGUAGUGUCACACUGGCAUGUGCACGUGUGGACACGGUACCUACCGUCCUUUAUUAGCACUUGUCUCGGCAGGCUGCGCAGGGCUAAUUAAGUUGCCAACACACUCACUAACCACAAUCUACGAUGGCGUCCUCUGAACUCUUGAAACAGAUUCAGGCGGGCAAGAGGCUGAAAAAAGCAGAAACACAUGACCGGAGCAAGUGUGGUGGUGGUGGUGGUGGUGGUGGUAGUGGGGUUCCUGCUGCUGCUUCACGAGCAGGAAGUGCAUUGCCGUCGACGGGUGCUGGCGGACCUCCUCAACUGGGUGGAUUGUUUGCUGGAGGUGUGCCCAAGUUGAAACCUGCAGGACAAAGUAACUUUGCAAAACCUCCUACACUUGGAAAGCCACCAUCAGUACCUAGGCGAGAACCUACUACUAGUGCACCACCGCCUCCUGCUAGAGGUCCUCCUCCUAGACCAUCCGCACCAGCACCCGCACCCCCUGCUGCGGUUCCCGCCCUCCCCACUCGACGUGCACCGUCACUGCCAAAUCGCGCUUCUCCUGCUCUGCCUUCAAGAUCUGCACCAGUUGUACCUCUGAGAAAUACACCCACCCCUCCUAAUGCUGCUCCUCCCCCGCCACGUCGACCACCUCCCGCAAGGACGGCUUCCCCGGCCCCUACUGCAGCUCCUCCUGCCCGUCCACCACCUCCACCAUUCCGGACCGCUUCUCCGCCUGCUCGACCUGCAUCUUCACCUGCUCGACCUGCCUCUCCACCUGCUCGGCCUGUCUCUCCACCCAAACCAGCACCAUAUACGCCAUCACGUUCUGUCCCCCCUCUUCCUCCCGCUCGCAACAGUCUUCACCCUCCAGUUCCACCUGCCAGGAAAGCUCCUCCUCCCCCUCCAGCCAGGCCCUUAUCGGCAGCUGGAUCUCCUUCUCGAGUAGUACCGCCUCCACCCUCUCGAAGACCACCUGUGAUGGAUGGUCCACCUGCUCCUCCAGCCCGUGUCCGAGCUUUAUCGGAAGUCGACCCCCCUGCACAAAGUCCACCUGUAAAUCGCCCUCCACCUUCCCGUCCGGUCCCGCCCACAUCUGCUCCUUCCCGUCCAGUCCCGCCUCCAUCUGCUCCUCCUCGACCGCGUACCGUUUCAACACCUGUCGCUGCUGAACCUGAACCUCCUACUUUACCUGUGGGACGGCCCAGCAUCAAUGGCAGUGUGAAUGGAUCAAGGGCACCUCCAUCUCGCAAAAUCCCUUCGCCCCCUCCAAGCUCUGGUACACAUACAUUUCCAGUGACUGACCUCCCUCAGCCACGUCCGUUUGUUGCAGGGGCGAGGCGAUAUGGCGGUGGUCGAACGACUGGCAGCGAUUUCGACCUGUCCGGUUUGUAGUUCACCAACUUAAGGCAUUGUGUUACUUGGACUAUUGAUCAGUAUUGACCUGGGAAUGAGAACAUGGGACAUCGUUGCUAUAGCUGUAUCAUUGAGUUGCUCAGACUAGAGUAGCUACGUACGCAGCCAGGUGUCAAUUUAUUUCUAGGCAAAUUAUCCAGGCAGAACUUCGGAA